CAUGUAUUUUAUCGCUGUAGUUCGGUAGAAACUUUCGAAGAAUUUAGAGCUUGGCUCUGGAAAAUAAUGGCUCUGAAAUGGGGUGUCGCUGGUGCUGGUAGGAUUUCGCAUGAUUUCGUCACCGCAGUUCAAACUUUACCUCCCUCUGAUCACCAAAUAGUCGCUAUCGCAGCUAGAUCGAAAAGCAACGCCGAAAAGUUCGCCAAAGAGCAUGGAGCAUUGCGAUCCUACGAGGGAUAUUUGGGGCUAGCCCAAGAUAAAGAUGUUGAUAUCGUAUACAUUGGUAACCUGAACAAGCAGCAUUUUGAGACUGCGAAAAUGAUGCUGGAGCACGGGAAACACGUCUUAUGCGAAAAACCAUUCACAAUGAACGAGAAGCAAACAAGAAAGCUGUUCAGCAUCGCCAGAGAGAAGAAACUGUUUCUCAUGGAGGCAGUGUGGUCGAGAUUUUUCCCCGCCUACGAGGAGAUGAGACGAAUCAUAGAUGCCGGGGAGAUAGGAGAUGUUUUGUUCGCUUCCGUCCAUUUUGGAUUUGCUCUGCAACAGGUGGACAGAGUGACGAAACUAGAUAUGGGAGGAGGUGCAAUCCUAGACUUGGGAAUCUACAUCCUGCAGUUCCAGCAGUACGUCUUCAGGGGUCUCAAACCGAUCAAAGUAGUGAUCAACGGCCAUUUGAACAGUCACGAAACCGACGAGUCCUGUGGAGCUAUCAUAACCUAUCCCAAUGGCAAGAUGGCUGUGGUCAGUGCUUCGGCGAGAGUGGCACUACCCAAUGAGGCAACUGUCGUUGGUACCAAAGGUACUUUGAAGCUUCCAGACUUUUGGUGUCCCACCAAACUGAUAACUCCAGAAGGUACGAAGGAGUACCCCCUUCCUGAGAGUUCAGUGCCAUUUCUUCAUCACCAAAGUGCUGGAUUGAGUUAUGAGGCUGAGGCAGCCAGACAGUGCAUCAAAGCAGGACUGAUUGAGUGUAGCAACAUAACUCAUGAUGAAUCAACAGAGCUGGCCAGAUUGAUGGACCUCAUGAGGAAAGAACUGGGUGUUGUGUUUCCAGAGGAUUCUCAAGAAUUUUAAGUCAAAUUGUAUAUAG